GAGGAGAUCCCCAACACCGGAGCUGAGCCGCAGCGGAGCCGCCAGCGCCUCCCCGCCGCCGCCUCUCCGCGCCCGACCCGCCGGCGAGAUGCUGUCGUGCCGCCUCCAGUGCGCCCUGGCCCUGCUGUCCAUCGCCCUGGUCCUCGGCACCGUCUCGGCCGCCCCCUCGGACCCGCGGCUCCGGCAGUUCCUGCAGAAGUCCCUGGCUGCCGCCGCCGGGAAGCAGGAACUGGCCAAAUACUUCUUGGCAGAACUGCUCUCAGAGCCAAGCCAGACAGAAAAUGAAGCCCUGGAGUCUGAGGACUUGUCCCGAGGGGCUGAGCAGGAUGAAGUGAGACUGGAGCUGGAGCGUUCGGCUAACUCAAACCCCGCUCUGGCACCCCGGGAACGCAAAGCAGGCUGCAAGAACUUCUUCUGGAAAACUUUCACAUCCUGUUAGCUUUUGAAAUCCACCUCUUCUCCCCAUCCAUCCCUGCCUUCUUCCUAUCCCCCCCGCCCUGAGCAGAACCUUCACCACAACAGGCGAAGACUGUAAAUACACAAUCCACGGUUAUGGUGAAAUUAAGCAAACAAGGAAAAUUUGAGUUCGAUUUCCAGUUGUUUUAAUAAAACUUUCUGUUCCAAUUGUACAUGA